CCAAACUCUUAUAGUCUCAGUGAGGAAACCAUCUCUCUCAUCUGACAGAGUUGACAGGAGCUCUCAGAGAGGGCAGGGUUUCAAGGGGAAAUGUCUGGUUUCCUUUCAGACCUGGUCCAAUACCGGAAGCUGUUGCUAAUGGUUGUGGUGCUGGGAAUUGGUGGAACCCACCUCUCUGGUUUUCAAAUGUCUGUGAUCAAUUAUACUUCUCCUUACAUUCAGAAGUUUCUCAAUGAAACGUGGCUGGAGCGAUACGGUUCUGCGCUGCACCAGGAGACCCUCACGUUGCUGUGGUCCGUCAUUGUGUCCCUGUACUGCGUGGGUGGGAUGAUGGGGUGUCUGUGCAGUGGGUACCUGACUGCAAAAUUUGGAAAGAAGAAAUGUCUGUUGCUCAACGAUGUGAUCCUAAUAAUAGCCACGCUGCACACAGGCUUCAGCAGGACAGCCAAGUCUUUUGAGAUGAUCCUGGUUGGGCGCUUCCUCGAGGGCAUCUGUGCUGGAAUACAUCUGGGUACCCAUGUUCAGUAUGCUGGAGAGAUCUCACCCAAGAAGCUGCGUGGAUUUAUAAAUGUGACCUCCUCGGUGUUUUUUGCACUGGGAAAAACUGUAGCAAGAAUUCUUGGAUUACGAGAUCUUUUAGGAACUGAAGACAGAUGGAAUGUGCUAUUGUCCUUCUCUGGCUUGGUGGCAUUGAUUCAACUGCUCUUUUUACCAUUCUUUCCUGAGUCCCCUCCCUAUCUCUUGCUGCAGAAAGGAGACAAGGCUGGAUGCUUGAAAGCCAUGAAGCAACUCUGGGGAGAAGGGAACUAUCACACAGAAUUUGAGGACUUGAUGAAGGAAAAGGCUAUAACAAAAGGCACCAAAAUCAUGAACGUCCUGGAGGUGCUGAGAGAACCAUCCGUGUACCCGCAGCUCAUUACCAUGCUCCUCCUGCUACUGAGUCUGCAGCUCUGUGGCCUGAGUGCAAUCACCUUUUACACCUCAGAAAUUUUUCAGACUGCCAACCUGCAGGAAAGCAUAAUCCCAUAUGUGUCACUAGGAGUUUCAGUCUCUGAACUCAUCUCUGUCAUAUUCUGUAGCUCCAUAAUCGACCGGUUUGGACGCCGGAUACUCCUGUGUGGUGGUUACUUGCUGAUGGCACUGAUACUGCUGUUGCUUGAAACAAGCCUCCUGCUGAGUGAUCAGUUCCUCUGGAUGCGAUACUGCAGUGUUGUUCUCAUCUUUUUAUUCAUCAUUGCUUAUGGGAUAGGACCAGCUGGAGCCGUUUCAUCUGUUACUAAUGAAAUCUUCACCCUCUCAACAAGAGCCUCCGCUUUUGUCAUUGGUGGAAUCGUCAUCUGGCUGGGCCUCACUUUCACUGGAAUGAUUUUCCCCUUUGCUGUAAAACAAAAGGGAAGUCAAUCUCUGAAAUCACAGAAGAAUUCAAAACACGCCAGUUUAAGAAGAAACGUCACCAGGCUGUGGAGGUGAAUGCUACUGAAGAAAAAACAUUCUGCACCAAGCUCUGAUAAGCCACCACCAGUAACUUCCACUGACAAAAAGGCCUGUCUCAAAAUCAAACUGAAAACUGAACAUUAACAUGGACUUUUCUCAAUGAAAUGCAACCCAAAAAGCAAUCCAGAGAUAGCUUGUCACUAAUCCAAGUAGUCCUGUUUUAUAUUCAUCUUUGCUUUUCAUGGUGAGAGUCAAUGGCUCAUUCCUAGAGUGAUUCUGUAGCAGGAAAACAACAGCAACUACAGACAUUUCUAAGAACUGGCACAUGGGAAACAUUUUCAGGCAUAACACACCAAUUGUAUUUCAAAUCUUUCUGCAUUGCUGUCAUUUUCAAGCAGCAAGAUUUGUCUUCAUGUUUGUUACUUCAUAAGAAAAUUCUGCUCAAGGUUAAGAGCAGGAUGAAGAAAGGAUUAAACACAGACAUAGUUCUUGCAAACAAUGGUCAUGUCAUCUCAUGUCAUUAUGAUAUCACACUGUUAAGGACCUAUUAUUGUGAGCACUGCACAUGAACAAACACCAAGUAGGACAAAGAGAGCUUGUAUUUCCUUGAGCUGACAUCAAGUAACUAUAUGUCCUGAUUGUCUCUGUAAUGACUGUCAGGGAUCAGCCCCAAUCCCUGGGCAGUCGGUGCAGAAAACCCUCACUUGCAUUCUCUGCAGCAAACUGGCUGCAUUCUCUGUGAAUAUCAGUUGUAGCAAAAUCAGGAGGAAGUUUUUGUAAUGUAUUCUGGUACCUCAUGGAUGGCACAAGGGUUGAUAAACAUAGAGGCAAUGCUGAGAGCUGGAGGAUCAGAGCCCUGCAGAGAGGGAGUAAGAGACUUUGAGAGAGUACUGACAAAGUAGAGACUUUGAAAACUCAGCCCAUUUUAUGCAUGAUUAA